AUGCAGGACCAGGACAACUCUCCUCAGACCUCGGAAUUGAAAGGUACGUCAUUUCCUCCGUUCUUAUGCAAAUGUCAUGAAUAAGCGCCUAAUUUUUUCUUAUUUUUUAGAUCCGAAUGGUGAGGAUGGACAAAAAGAUGAGGUAUGUUAAAAGUUACAUAACAAUGUUACUGUUUUUAGGCUAAUCGACCGCCGUUCACUGUGAAUUCUGUUCUUCAUUUUCUCCAAAGUGAAUUGAACCGAUAUGAGAUCGAAAGGGCUCAAUGGGAAAUGGAAAGAACUGAAUUAAUUGUAAGUAAACUGUUUAAUCUUUAUUAUUAUGGAUUUAGGCACGAGUAAACUUCCUAAACGGCGAGAGAAAGGGUCAAGAGGAAUUGAAACGGGAUCUGGUCCGUCGUAUAAAAAUGUUGGAAUAUAGCUUGAAACAAGAAAGGUAAGUAAAGGUUAUUCUUCUUGAUAAUUUAUUUAAAAUUUAGAGCUAAAGUUGCACGACUAACCAAUGAAUCUAAGGCAGAAAUCAAUGACGAAAAUGAAGAGGAACGGCCAAGAGGUGAGCGUGUUUAUGUUGUACAUGAGAAUAACUCGUUUUUGGAGGAUUUUUUGCCUUUUUUGUUGAGCUGUUUCUUUAUCUUUUGGUGUGUUUUCAGAUGAGCCCUUGGGAGCCAUCGAGGUCGAUGCAGUGAUACCAAAUCCUCAAGCUUCACCAGUUUAUCGACAAGCGAGGUCACUUUUAAGACAAUAUCUGAAUGAGAUUGGAUAUUCCGAGAAAAUCCUAGAUGUUAGAGCUUUUAGAGUCAAAAAUCUUUUGGGAAUUGUUCCCGGAAAUAAUGAAACUGUUCUCCAUGAUGGGUAAGCGUUUUCUUUUAGUGUUUAUCUUUUAGGACUGACAUCAUCUGAGAUUGGUAUUGGAUAGUAUUAAUGGCUGUAUUUUAGUUCCAAAGAAGGUCAUAACCGCGGAAAAGCUCUGACGGAAUCAGAGAAGGCCAUCCUAGAAGCCGCGGAUCUUCUGAGAAACAAUCAUGUCAAUGAUUUCGCUGACGAUGCUUCGGAUUCGGAAGGCUCUGGGGGAAAUUUGGAUGCUGAAGCUGUUACCGCGUUGGAUGAGUUUUCCUUUCUGAAAGAAGAGAAAAAUGGACCAUCGGCCGAAGAAUGGAACGUGGAUCAGAAUAGAAUUGAAGCCAUGAAGGACGAUUACUUCAAGAAAUUAAAGGAAAAGAUGAACAGAGAUGAUGAACACAAACAGGAAACCAAGGAACAGCAGUUUUUUCAUCAGCUAAAUGAAACUUGUAUUCCGAAAGAGAAGUUGUUGGAGAUGAAUGAAGACAUCAACAUCAAGGAUGUGGGAGAAGUAAGCUGAUUUUACUGGUGGAAUAUCAUAUUUUGACUUUUAGUUGAACAGUGAUGGGCCGUCGAUCCAAUGGCGAAUUGCAUUCACGUUGAGAAGUCAUUUGGACAGCGUUAGAGCAAUGAAAUUCCAUCCGUUCGAGCCCAUUUUGGUGACAGCUUCUGAAGAUGGAACUGCCAAAAUGUGGAAUUUAGGUGAUAAAGAUACAAAAGGACAGCAGCCACAGACAACUCUCAUGGGAGUUGUUGAUUUGGAGCCGAGAUACACCUUCAGGGGUCAUAAGUAAGUAUAAUACGUUAUGUUUUAUUGGACAUUGUAUUGGGGGUAAUAUGACUUGUUUUACAGAGGCCAUAUCUUAUCCAUGGACAUGAACUCCACAGGCGAUUCCUUCUACACAGGCGGCUUUGAUGGAACAAUUUGUUGUUGGGAAAUGCCAGCGUUCGAUAUCCCGGUGUAUGAUCAUUAUGGUAAGCAAAUUGUGAUAGAACGACUGCAGUAAUUGUUGUGGAUAAUAUUAGUUGAUUUUUUCAGAUCGUCGUCUUCUUGCCGAACGUCUGACCGGUCACACCCAACCCGUCUGGUCGGUUGUGUAUCACUCAUCCUCCAAUCGAUUGAUCAGUGGAUCUGCGGAUGGCACAAUCCGUCUUUGGGAACUCGGCCUGGCCAAAGGAGAAGGUCAGGAGGACCCCCAGAUCAAGUUGUAUGCUCCACCAACGGUGAACGCCCGACCUCGAGCUUUGGAUUUGGUAUCGACGGAAACUCAACAACUCUUGACAGCUUAUACGGGAAGAUCGGCUGGAAUACUGGACCUGGAGACUGGCCAGAAGGUUCUCGACUUUGAUCUCAACCUCCCAGAUGAAGAAGUCGGAGAGAUCAAUUCGAUUAUCAGCCAUCCCACCAUGGCUGUCAGUAUUAUGGCUGGAGUUGACAGGAAAAUCCGGUAUUUUGAUAACAAUUCAGGUAAGAAUUAGAUUUUUUCGUGUUAAAUGAGGAAGAUUGUCCGCAAUUUGACGUAAAUUGAUGAUUUUAGGCAAACUGAUCCGAAGCGCGGUCUCCCACGUCGAGAGUAUCUCCACUUUGGCUGCAGAUCCAAAUGGAAUCUACAUGCUCAGUGGCUGUGAAGACGGGUCCCUCCGAGUCUGGGAUAUGGAAUCCAAAACGUGUUUACAGGUAGGUGUAUCCGGAAAGGGAUAAGGAAGGUAUUUGAAAAGUUUAGGCGUCUGUGAAGUCGAAUUUAAGAUGAUCUAUGUUAAUUAAUGUCAUGUGUAAUAUUGUUUUUGUCGUUUCUAAAGUAAUCUUUUUGCAGGAAAUAGCCGCUCACCGAAAGAAGCACGACAUGUCCGUGAUGGCUGUGGCCAUCCACCCCUCCCGCCCCCUCAUCGGCUCCGCGGGCGCCGACUCUUUGGUAAAAGUUUUCUCUCAACGCUCCUUCUCCUCCAACUGA